AUACUUCGCGGGGAUGCCCUCCGACUGAACCGCGUCUCGGCUGCUUGUUUGGCUCCGGGGCGAGGCGCCUCGCUCGGCCGGCCGGAGCUCCGUGUGCGCGACACCCUCCACUCCCCACCCCCCCCUCACCCACUCAAUGACGACACUCGGGUCGCAAGAGUGUGAAAACACUGAAUUUAUUCACCGUGGAGGAAGGAGGGAGGACGCCGACAUCUUUUCGCGAGCCCGCUCUCGCUCACUCUCGUCCGGGGAUCCGGUUGACAGGACACCCCCUGGGGGAGCGGAAGAGGCCAAGCUCACGAUUAAGUGGGACAGCGCCAUCUUCUCCGGUGGGCCGGCAGACGCCACCAUCAUCUUCGGUGUGUCUGCAACUUACGGCGCCAUCAUCUCCAGUGGGCCAGCAGCAGGGGGCGCCACCACCAUCCUGUCCGGUGGGCCAGCAGCAGGGGGAGCCACCACCAUCCUGUCCGGUGGGCCAGCAGCAAGGUGCGCCACCACCAUCCUGUUCGGUGGGCCAGCAGCAGGGGGCGCCACAUCUUCUCCGGUGGGCCAGCAGCAUUGGGCGCCACCAUCCUCUUCGGUGGGCCAGCAGCAGGGGGCGCCACCACCCUCUCCGGUGGGCCAGCAGCAGGGGGCGCCACCAUCCUCUCCGGUGGGCCAGCAGCAGGGGGCGCCACCACCAUCCUCUCCGGUGGGCCAGCAGGGGUUGCCACCACCACCCUAUCCGGUGGGCCAGCAGGGGUCGCCACCACCACCCUGUCCGGUUGGCCAGCAGGGGUCGCCACCACCACCCUGUCCGGUGGGCCAGCAGGGGUCGCCACCACCAUCCUGUCCGGUGGGCCAGCAGGGGUCGCCACCACCAUCCUGUCCGGGGAGCCAGCAGGGGUCGCCACCACCAUCCUGUCCGGUGAGCCAGCAGGGGUCCCCACCACCAUCCUGUCCAAUGGGCCAGCAGAGGGCGCCACCAUCCUGUCCGGUGGGCCAGCAGAGGGCGCCACCAUACUCUUGUCGGGCACAGAUGUGGUCGUUUCACGGGCAACCGCCUCGCAAAUUGCGGCGGCGUUCAACUCGCCGUCGCCAUCUGAUUCGUCCCCGCUACUUGCGGGCACACUUGGCCUAGCGGCCCACCGCCUUGUCCUCCCUCUAAGAUGGACUGAUGCAAAGUGGAAAGGUGUUCUGUGGUCUGACGGGUCCACAUUUCAAAUUAUAUUUGGAACUGUGGACGUGGUGUCCUCCGGAACAAAGAGGAAAAUAACCAUCCAGAUUGUUAUAAGCGCAAAUGGUAAAUGGUAAAUGGGUUGUACUUUUCUACCCCUUUUUAAGAAGCUCAAAGCGCUUUGACAGUAUUUCCACAAUUCGGCCAUUCACACACUGAUGGCGAAGUUCAAAAGUCAGCAUCUGUGAUGGUAUGGGGGUGUAUUAGUGCCUAAAGCAUGGGUAACUUACACAUCUGUGAAGGCACCAUUAAUGCUGAAUGGUCCACACAGGUUUUGGAGCAACAUAUGCUGUCAUCCAAGAACGUUAUCAUGGACGCCCCUGCCUUUUUCGGCAAGACAAUGCCAAGCCAUGUGUUACAACAGCGUGGUUUCAUAGUAAAAGAGUGUGGGUAUUUUCCUGGCCAGCUUGCAGUCCAGACCUGUCUCCUAUCGAAAAUGUGUGGCGCAUUAUGAAGCGUAAAAUACGACAGCGGAGACCCCGGACUGUUGAACGACUGAAGCUCUACAUAAAACAAGAAUGGGAAAUAAUUCCACUUUCAAAGCUUCAACAAUUAGUUUACUCAGUUCUCAAACGUUUAUUGAGUAUUGUUAAAAGAAAAGGUGAUGUGAUACGGUGGUGAACAUGCCCUUUACAAACUACUUCGGCACGUGUUGCAGCCAUGAAAUUCUAAGUUAAUUAUUAUUUGCAAAAAAAAUAAAAAAAAGUU